CAGCGAGAUGUACGACAAAGGAUUACGCUCUCUCCUCGGCCAGCUGGUGAUGGUGAUCCUCUUGGCUCAGAUUAUGGGACGCCUGCACAAGAGAAAUGGCUACCAUUAUAGACCCCAGCAGCCGCCACCUCUACACCAAGGCGGAUACUUUGAGCCUCAUCAUCCUGCUGUGGAACCUCCGGAGCCGGAGAAGCAGCAUAGUCCCAAAAGCUACUACAGCCAAUCUGGAGGCGCUGGCAGUGGCUCGGGGUCCUACAAGGGAUCAUCCGGUGGCUAUAGCAUAGGCAGUGGUCUUCGCUCCAUUGCCCAGGGGUCGGCAGAUCAGGCUCACAGUGCCGUGGCCAACCAGCAUGCAGCUGCCAAGCAGGCUGCCUACAUUGCCCAGAACACAUUGGCCCAGGCAGCAUCCCAAGCGGCGGCCACAGCUCAGGCGGCGUUGGUGGGUAAGCAAGUGGUACUCCAGGAGCUGGAGCAGCAGGCGGCCGAGUCGCAGCGCUCUCUAUCCCGGGAACUGGAGCAGCUGAAGGCAGCCAAGAUCUCCGCCAAGUUGGCCCAACAAACGGCCCAAGCAGCCCAUCAUCACAUCUCCGUGCUUACGGCAGCCGUUAACAAUGCCAAGUCCGUGGCCGAACAGGCAGAGCAAACGUCCACGGAGGUAAACAACCAGCUGGCCUCCCAAUCCACUAUGGUGGGCCAGGCCAAGAACCGGCUGGAGCAAGUAGAGGAGCAGUUGCACCAGGCCAGAGUGGACUAUGCGGCCACUAAGGAGUCUGCCAUCAAGGCGUCCAAUUCCGCAGCUGCAGCUCAGGUGAAUGCCUCCAAGGCGGCCCAGCAUGCCACGAUUGGACUGCACGAGAGUACCAACCAAGGACACGAGGGCCAGGAUUCGGACGGACACGAGGAGGAAUCCUACGACGAGCAUGUGGAUACCAGUGGCGUAGGAGUGGGUCACACAGCCGGAGGUGAGGAUUUAGGCGAACAUGUCAGGACUCCCUACCAAUAAGGGAUUUCUCUUGGCCGAUACACGAAUAU